AUGGAGGAGCGAAUGGCCGGACUACACCUAUCAUCGGAAGAAGACGAGCUCCUGCUCGAUGAUGCUAUUGCCGGCGGUUCCACGGUCGAAGUUGAGUUAUGUCUGGUGGGAAGAUUUCUCACGGAUCAACCGAUAAAUUUCAACCUCAUGCGAAGCCGAUUAGUGAGCAUUUGGCGCCCUGGGAAAGGCGUUUUCAUGAAAGACAUAGGCAACGGCAGAUACAUAUUCCAAUUCUUUCAUGAUCUUGAUCUGAAGUGUGUGUACGAUAGCGGGCCAUGGUCCUAUGGUAAUUUCCCACUCAUCCUACAUAAACUCAGUAGAGGUGAUUUACCGUCUUCUGUACCUCUCGAUAAUCUCCCGUUUUGGGUACAAAUCCACGAUCUACCUGCGGGAUGCCUGACGGAAGGAGUCGGUCGAGCGCUUGGAAACUUCAUUGGCACUUUUCAGGAAUAUGACAGCACAAACUCUUCCGGUGUUUGGCGCCAGUAUAUGCGCGUUAGGGUUGGCAUCAAUGUCACUGAACCCCUUAAACGCUUCAAGAAAAUUAAGAACAAAGAUGGAUCUUCUUUUCAGGUUAAUUUCAAGUACGAGCGCCUCAAUAUUUUUUGCUUCCUCUGUGGAAGACUCGGUCACUCUGAAAGUUUCUGCGAACUUCGGUUCAAUCUCGACGUCAAUGAGGUUGGGCGGGAAUGGGGCACCUGGCUAAAGGCGGCUGACCGGCGCAGCAACUCUCUGGCCGGAGACAAGUGGAUCAGAACUGAAGACAGCAGCUCUAACCCUAGUUGGGAGGCGGCGGAAACUAGGGUUGUGGAGAAGCCGUUACAUCAUGAGAGUAAUUUUUGA